UCAACCGCCACCGGGACGAGCGGUUGAGGAAGAUGGCCGACACUCUGUCGUGUGUCCGGCUGGUGAAGUUCUACGCCUGGGAAGACGCAGUUGUCCGGGUGAUGAGUCGCUUCCGCGAGAGGGAGGUGUUCUUCAUCUUCCUCGCCAACCUUCUCGAUGGCUUCAUCGACUCUCUGCAGAACUCUUCCAGUUCCAUGAUGACCAUAAUCCUCCUCGGAACGUACGCAGCUGUUAACAGGCCGGCUACACUGACAGCAGCGCGGUCGUUCUCCGCCCUCUACAUGCUGUCUAUUAUGGAUGUUGUGGUAGUCAACAUGGCUUCUGUGCUCCGCAAUCGAAGUAUGGUGUCGGAAGGCUUGCGAAGAAUGACGAAGACUCUCACCGCUGAGGAAGAGACCUUCGAAAGGAAUAAUAACAAGCAGAGCAUUAACUUGAAAAAAGGCGCUGUGACACUCAGAAAGUGCUCAUUCAUCUGGAGCGGCAAGGACGGAGACAGAGAGCAGGCACCUGGAGAGGAGAAGCCGGUACUUUGCGACGUCAGCAUUGACAUCACACCAGGCGCCUUUGUCGGCGUUGCUGGGCUCGUGGGAAGUGGAAAGAGCGCAUUGUUGGCAGCUGUGCUCGGCGACCUGCGCUGCAUCGAGGGAGACAUGCGUGUUGGUGGUAGUGUGGCUUACCUGCCUCAGACGGCUUGCAUCUUCAACAUGACUAUUCGAGACAACGUGCUCUUCGGAAAGCGCAUGGAUGCUGGCCGCUACUGGCGCGUCCUUGAAGCCUGUGACCUCACGAGGGAUCUCGAGCUGUUGCCUGCUGGAGAUCUCACCGAAGUCGGAGAUAAGGGCGAAACCCUGAGCGGAGGCCAGAAGCAGAGGCUGGCACUGGCACGUGCAGCGUACAGCGACAGUGACGUCUACCUCGUGGACGACACUCUCAGCGCCUUGGACGUGCACGUAGCCGCCAAGGUCUUUGCGCGGGUGCUGGGACGAGAUGGACUGCUACAUGACAAGACCCGCAUCAUGGUUUGUAACCAAGGCGUGUUCUUGAGACGUGUCGAACAGUUAUUCCUCGUGUGGAAGAAACGAGUGCUGCCAUUCCGAACCUUGCCGGAGCUGAUCAAUGACCGCAGGGCGCCGAAGACACUGCUGUUCGGGAGCAGGCCGGGUUCAUCGGUCGCUGACAAGCGGGACAGCGGAUAUCACGAGGAAACGAUGGACGAAAACAGCGUUUCCGGAAAGCUCACCGCAGUUGAAACACGAAAUAAAGAUUUAACUACCGUUGAGCUGCUCCGGGCCCUGGUGACAAUGUCAGGCGUCUGCUUUCCUUUGGCCAUUCUCAGUAUCGUGGCGCGUGCAGUGGCCGUAGCAUUGUUUCUCUGCUGGAUCAAGAUGUGGACCGACGCGGCCGGAACGCUGGACAACGGAGGCUACUCUGACGCCACUUGGGUCACGGUUCUGGGUGCUCUGUGCGUCUGCGACUUGUUGUUCGGCUCCCUGGCGGGCCUUCUGCUGGCGCUGUCCUUCCGACGACUGUCCUCGGGCCUGCACGCCGCCAUGCUCCGGCGCGUGCUGCUCUGUCCGGUUUCCUUCUUCGAGGCGACCCCUCGCGGCAGAUUGCUGAACCGCUUCUCCGCCGACCUGAGCUAUGUCGACUGCCAGUUCUAUAUGACAACGAAAGAAGUGCUGCAGACUAUCACGGUGGUACUUGCGAGGCUGGCGGUCGUGGGGACGCAGGCUCUUACAGCAUGCCUCCUGGGAGUAGUCGCCACGGGAGUCUACCUUGUCAUCGUGACAGUGACUGUACGGGCUUCCAACGCACUUCGCUCCCUGGAGACAGCCUGCGUGUCUCGCGUCCUGCAGCACCUCACCGAGACCCGAGACUCCAUGAGCAGCGUGCGCUGCUACGGUGCCGUGGCGCUGGUCUGCCGGCGCUUCUGCCGGCUCCUCGACGGCGCCCUGAGGUACUUCUGGGCACUGGCGGCGGCCGUGCGCUUCACGCGCAUCUGCGGAGGAGUCGCGGGACUCAGCGCCGUCGUCACCACGGUGCUCGUCCUGUUCUUCUCGACGGUGCCGCCGUCGCCGAGCGAGGUCGGCCUGUCGCUCAGUUCAGCCAUGUCGAUUCCGAUGCUACUGUCGGCCAUCAAUGCGUCGCUUUUCUUCUGUUUUAUGGCCACUAUCGCUUUCGAGCGCGCCGUCGAGUACACCAAGCUACCACCCGAGGACGCCUGUGAUGCGGUUGAAUUGCAGGCCGAGGGCGCGCACAGCUUACACACUUCCUGGCCAGACCACGGAGAGAUAGCGUUCGAAAAUUUCACUGCGUCUUACAAACCCGGCAUCUGCCCGCCCAUCUUGAAGAGCCUCACUUUUGUUAUAGAAGCUUGCGAGAGGGUAGGCGUGGUCGGGCGCACGGGAGCCGGAAAGUCGUCCCUCAUUCUUGCCCUUCUGCGGGUGCUGAAGCCUUCAGAAGGACGCAUCGUCAUCGAUGGCAUCGACAUCUCUUCGGUUUCUCUUGGACAGCUGCGCUCGGUCAUCACAGUCAUCCCACAGGAGCCGUACCUCAUGAAAGGAAGCCUGAGGGACAACCUGGAUGCUACGCAGAGCCACUCGGACGACGAGGUCUGGGAGGCGCUCAAGAAAACGCACAUGGCAGACUUCGUGUCCAAGCACCCGCUAGGACUUUUGCUGGAGAUCGAAGACGGAGCUGAGAACCUCAGCGGCGGUCAGCGGCAGUUGUUGUGCCUGGCGAGGGCGCUACUCCGCCGUCCUCGCGUCCUUCUGCUGGACGAGGCCACGUCGCGCAUGGACGGCGACACUGACAGGCUGGUGCAGAGGACCCUGCGCGAUGGCUUCUCCCGCUGCACCGUGCUGACGAUCGCUCACCGGCUGAACACUGUGCUGCACUGCGAUAGGAUCUUGGUGAUGAGCGAAGGCUGCGUCGCUGAAUUCGGCACCAUAGCGGACCUUGCUGCUAACCCGAGCUCUAUUUUCGGCGCAAUGGCACGGGCUGCAGGCAUUGACACUUCGUCGUUACAGAACAAUGGUUAUUCCGUGCGCCUUUGAGCAACCGAGAGCAGGAGCGACACGGAGUAACCUGGGGGUGAAUGGAACCUGCAUCUCUCGGGCGUUACGUGGAACCUUACCUUUAACUCGGCACCUCUUGGGCGUGUCAAGGGCUGGGUGAACACAUCUUCGCUCUUUCUUGAGGGAAUGACCAUGAUCAAGCGACAAGUCCGCAUGAAACAAUGUUUAAAAAAGUAGACGUCCAAAUUCUAUGAAAGAUUAUUACCGAAAAAAAAGCGUCCAAAAUAAACAAAAUUGGCGCCUAAAUAAUAUAAACCUCAGUUUAGGCUAGUUAGUUCAUUGCUCUAAAGAUUAUGUAAAUGGCAAAAAAGCGAGGACGCGGUUUAUAAGCCACAAAUACACACAUGUGUGUCAACUGCCCAUGAUAACUCGUUGCUCAAGCGAUGGGAGCGUGCAAAUGGUUGGCUUCCCGGAUAUUCUUUUUCGCAACGUGGGUGCUCCUUAUGCAUCCGCGAGACAAAUGGCUGCGCGGACCACUGUCCAGCGUAGAGUAAUGAUGCCGCCCAGCCGGCUGCAAAAGCAUGCACACGACGAACGAGGCAAGUAGACGGCGCAGCCGAAAAACACUGUACUGUAGAUUCAGCAGCUUUCCAAACACCAGCAGUAGACUGGUUUGGGAGUAAUGUUAAGAUGGAGGCAGCGAUGGCUGUUCUUUACGUCUGAAGUUGUAGAUGACGAGUAUUUGCUGUGGUCAUAAUGAUCCAAGAAAAAAAAAAACCAUACACGACUUGUCGCCAGACCUACAAAUGAUUCUUGGCUAAGUCUAUGGUGUUGAGCAACCAGAAUCCGGACGAGGGAAAUCGCUCAGCAUUUCACGUCUGUGUAGGACAGAUGACAGCAAUCCCUCUAGCACAGAAAAUGCGUAUUUGUUCCGUCUUGUGGAUAUACUAUUAUCAGUGAGCUACGCAGCCGACCGGUAGACUUGCGCAAUAUUAAAAUAAAUUCGUUUCAUAUGAGAAAAAACAAACAAAGCUGCCGUUUUUUCUUGGCAGAGCCUAAUCUCUUCACAGGCAAGAACAGAAAGGCAAUUUUGUUCCGAUCGCAGCGCAAUUAUUAAACAGAACAAACAAAUUGUUCUCUCGAGCAUCAGAUAAAGCACUGUGGCCGUCGUUAUGGCUAAUUCAAUAAGGACACUUCAAAGACUGAGCAUUGCUAAAACUUGGUGCACUUUCACGCAUCUCUGACGUGACUGUUCAUUUAUCGCGAAAAUGUGCAAAUCCAAAGUAUGUGCCACACUUAUCGUUGCCCCGACUGAGCGACACCGUGGAGGAAAAAAAGAAGGUAGUGCUCUAGUGGGCUUUUUUAGGCAAAUAACACUACUGUACACGCCGAUCCUUCACACGCGCAAGAACAUCAAUAA